AUGAGAUUAUUAAUUUUUGUAGUUGUACUUUUAAAUAUCAUAAACUAUGUUUAUGGUUUAACUUUAGCCCAACUCACCACCCAAAUCAAUGCUAGAGGUGGUAAAGUCAUCCCACAAGCUGAUGGUCCAAACUUUAACAAUGCCCGUUUCGGUUAUAACUAUCGUUAUAACAGAAUCCCAACUGUUAUUAUCCAACCAUCUGACACUGCAUCAGUUCAAUUAGUUUUAGAAUAUGCCCAAACCAAUAACCUCAAAGUUUCAAUCAAAUCUGGUGGUCACUCAAGUAUUUCUGAAGGUGUUAUGGACAAUCGUGUCACCAUCGAUCUUUCACAAAUGAAACAAAUUUCAUACGAUAAUGUCACUAGAAUUAUUACCACCCAAUCAGGUAACAAAUGGGUCGAAUUUUAUGACUACACCAUCAAUCAACAUGGUGUUGCUACUCCAGGUGGUUCAUGUCCAUCAGUUUCAAUUGGUGGUUUAACUUUAGGUGGUGGUGCCAAUGAUCUUUCAACUCUUUAUGGUCUUGCUACCGAUAAUGUCGUUGAAAUGGAAGUCGUCCUUGCUAAUCGUACCAUUGUUACUGCAUCUGAAACUGAAAACUCUGAUCUCUUUUGGGCUCUUAGAGGUGGUGGUCAUGGUGGUUUUGGUGUUGUUACCCAAUUCAAAUUCAAAGCUUAUCAAGUUCAACCAGUUUACUACUCUGCUUGGAUCACAUGGGCCUGGAGCGAUUUCGAAGCUGUCUUAACCUAUGUUAACCAAUUCUCACAAUUCAUGCCAAAUAGUGUUAAUCUUUACUUUACUGCUUGGAGAUCAAAGGAUGCUGCUACUCCAUCAGUUGCUUUAUCAUGUUUCUACAAUGGUAACAAAGAUGAUGCUGAACAAUUCUGUGGUAGAUUCCGUUCAAUCCCAAAUGUUGUUACCCCACCUGAAUUCCAAGUCACCAACACUUCAUACUAUAACACCGUUAAAGGUGGUACUGAUCCAAAAGCCCGUCAAUCAUACACCAAAGGUGGUUUCUUAACUGAUAUUACCAAACAAACUGUUCGUCGUAUUAAAACCGCUAUGGAAUCUUCACCAUUAACUCCAUAUUCAUACAACACUGCCAGACUUAACUUAUACUGGCAAGGUGGUGCUAUGUUAGAAAAAUCAAGAGGUUAUAACGCUUAUCCACACAGAUCAUACCCAUGGAAUGCUGUUUGGUUAACAUCAUUCGUUGGUUCUGAAUUUGAUGAAAUGUACAACAAAUGGAUCACUAAAACUUACCGUCAAAUGAACACUUUCUCACAAGGUGUUUACCAAAAUUACCCAGAUGAUACUCUUGAAAACUGGGCUGAUGAAUACUACAUGGAAAAUUACCCAUUACUCAAAGGGGGAUAA